GUGUGUGUGUGUGUGUGUGUGUGUGUGUGUUCGUUCAGUCCCCGACUUCGACCGCGGGCGGCCAAGUCCUGUAGCGCAGAGAAUUUUUCACAGACAAACACACAGCUACAUAGUAACUCUCUCUCACGCGCGCAGAGUUUUCAGUUCCUCUCCGAACUUGGAGACAAGUCGACGCUCGAAAGUCCUGAACGACGGAGGAAAAGAGCAGAAAUGUUUUGAAACCGGCCUUUUGGUACCUGCUGCUCAUCUUUGCAGAUGUGGACUUUUGCUCGUCCCCACAACAGAAGGUAGACGUCUGCUGUGCGUCCCUACGUCCUAUUGGAUAGCUCCGCUCAGCGCCCCUUUGGAACGGGAGAGCAUGAGCUCCGUGGAUGCUGAGGACCGAUGGAACCCGAGAGGGUCCGCCGGACGGUGCGACGGUCCCGAUGACACGGCGCCCCCGCCGGGGGACGUCCCGUGUCGCGCGCGUUCGGACACCGCCGACCCGUACGCCCUGAGCUCCGGCGCUCCGGGCCGAGGACGGGUGGACCAUCGGGUCGGCUCGGAGAGGCAGGGUGAGAAGAGCUGGAGGAAGUUUCUUCCCCGUUCGUGGGGGGGGCUCUUCAGGAAGUGGACCGAGGCCACGCCCCCCCCGGUAAUCCUGCCCAACGGAACCCGAGUGAGCCCACCCGUGAGCCCCCUGUUGCACCGCAGCUUCGGGGACCCCGGAGACUCCCUGAACUCACGCAAGGCGCUGCUGGCCGGCAGCAUCGGCGGUUCCGCCGCGAGCGAAGAGCACUACCAGGAGCCCCCGGACGAGUCGGUGCUAACCGCCGUAACCCCGAGCGAGUACUAUGCCCAGAAGCUGGAGGUCUACCAGCUCAAGUACUCCUACAUGAAGUCGUGGCCCGGCCUGCUGAGGCUCCUGGGCGGCCUGCAGCUCCUCUUCGGGGGCAUGGUGUUCGCGUGCGUCUGCGCCUACAUCCAGAAGGACGGCGAGUGGUACAACCUGUACGGGGGCUACGGCGGCUACCUGGGCUACGGCACGAACGGGUACUAUUACAAGGGGCCCAUGACCGCGUUCGUGCUUGCCGUGGCCGGCCUGGCAUGGAUCGUCACCGUGCUCCUUCUCAUGCUGGGACUCACCAUGUACUACCGCACCAUCUUGCUGGACUCUCACUGGUGGCCCCUGACCGAGGCCGUCAUCAACGUGGCCGUCUUCCUGCUCUACAUGGCCGCCGGCGUGGUCUACCUCAGCGACCUGAACCGCGGCGGCCUGUGCUACACGAGCGUGGGCUACAACCCGCUGCUGUCGACGCUGUGCAGGGUCCAGGGGGGGCAGAUGGCGGGCACCGCUUUCAUCUUCAUCAACAUGCUCACCUAUCUGGUCAGCUUCCUGGUGUGUCUCAAAAUGUGGCGGCACGAGGCGGCGCGGCGCCACAGACGGGCCCUGGAGGCUGAGACCGAGGCAGAGCAUGCACCCCUUCCCGGCCCGGUGCAGAGCCAGUCCGGGACCGCCGGAUCUGCGGAGCCAAAGGACGGUUCUGCGCGACCCAGCAAGCGGAUCCAUUUCUCCGAGGAGAGCGAGGACCCCGUGGCCCUGAGCCGGAACAUUCCGACGGGAUACGUUCCGAAGCCGAGGGUCAUCGCAGACUACAUCAUGAAGUACCCGGCAAUCCGCUCGCUGGACGACAGGGAGCAGUACAGGGCGGUCUUCAACGACCAGUACGAGGAGUACAGAGAGCUCCACGAGGAGGUCAGCGCCACCGUCAGCAAGUUUGCCGAGCUGGAUCUCGUGAUGAGCAGACUCCUGAGAGAUGCCGGGAACCACGAGGACCAAGAGAGAGUCUCCAGAGUCCUGCAGCAGUACAAGGUGAAAAAGAACGAUCCGACCUUUCUGGAGAAGAGGGAGCGAUGCGAGUACCUGAAGGCCAAACUGACCCACAUCAAAGGUCGGAUCCAGGACUUCGACCGGAGCUGCGCGGUGAACGAGGGGGUCAGAUGAGGACGGCGGCGGCCGAGGCAGCGGGUACGCCUACGCACCCGGCCCGGCGGCACUUUGGCCCCAUUCCCCUGUUCCCGCUCUGCGCUGGGCGCGGUGCUUCGGCUCAUCCGUUCCCACACCGCAGGCUAUGCCGGGUUCGAAUUCCACGUGGAGUCCUGCGGCUGUACCCCGAGAACAGUACGCCGUUUACACUUAUUUAUAUAGCUGACAUGACUUACAACAUUCAUUGAGCAAGGCAGCAGCCGUAACCCUGAGGCUCCUGGGUGCCCCGCACCUCUACAGCGGAAUCCAUAAAGCGAGGGAACCCAUUUUAAUAAAACACACCUCUGGGGAAACCCUUGGCCUUCAUGUACAGCCAUGGAACUUUCUGGAAGGUGUGUGGCUCGCAG